ACGACUCGCCUACGCCACCGGCCUCUGAUAGAGGAGGAGGAUGCUUCAGCUUUGAAACUCGGCGCAGUUAAACGGCUGCACUGGUCAGAAUUCAACAACGCUGGUUGUCUGCUAAUAUCGGAGGUCAAAUAUCUCCUCGAGAAUAGGGACAAGGAUGCCCCAGAUACAGCGGUGUAUAACAAGACUCUAGAAUAUGUGAAAACCUUCACAAAGUUCAACACGACAGAUUCAGCCAGUGCAGUUCGAGAGACUUUACGUCGCGAGCCAGCUCUCACACAAUUCGAGACUGCGCAGAUCGCUAAUUUAUGCCCAGGUGACGCGGAAGAAGCAAAGAGUGUCAUACCAAGG